GUGCUGUGAGCAUAUAUAUAUAUAUAUAUAUGUACACACACACACACGAUCCAUUUGCGUAGGCGGACUGUGAGAACUACUGAGAACGUACGUAGGAGAUCGGGAAUUGGGAAGGGGCGAUGCGAGAAGAGAGCAGGAGAGAGCCGGGAAGUAGACGCGUGCAAGCGGCGUCGUGCCGUUACACUCGUUGGUGGUCUACGGCGAAGCCCGCUCGCGCGUCGUCUGGCGUCGUCCAGCAUCCGAUCUAUGGAAGGUUAAUGGGAGAUGUACGAUCGAUAACGAUCGUUCGACGGCGGUGAUCUUCGUCGAUGGACGCGCUGCCUAACCUCAAAGACAGCCCUGAUACGUUGGUCGGUUUCGUGAAUAGCGAGAGGAAUCUCGCCGAGUGUUCGGACAGACAGAAAUUUUCUUACCUCACGGGAAUAAAAUGAGGGGGAUAUGGGGCCUGCUGUCGCUCGUGGGAAGCUGCGUCGUUCUGGCCGAUCCCGAGGCUGAUCCUUCGGAGGAACUGUUCAGUCGGCUGCAGCUGCCAAAAAAUCGCAAUGAGGACAAGUGUUAUGAUGAGAACGGCAGACCGCAGAGAUGUAUACCGCCAUUUGAAAAUGCAGCUUUCAACGUACUAAUAGAGGCGACAAACACAUGCGGCGAGGAUCGUCCAAUCGAAUUCUGUAAGCAGACAGGCGUGCAAAAGAAGUCAUGCGAAAUUUGCCGACGCGGCGACCACUCGGCCUCCUUCCUUACUGAUCACGACAAUAAUGACAAUGCUACUUGGUGGCAAUCGGACACUAUGUACGAAGAGUAUCCCAACCAGGUCAAUCUCACCCUCCCUUUAGGUCGCCGACCUUCCGCCUAUUAUUUUGAAACCAACACCGAACUUCAGGAAUGGGUGCAAGCAUCAGAUUUGAAAAUUACUUUAGACAGAUUGAACACGUUCGGCGAUGAGGUUUUCGGCGACGCGCAAGUGCUGAAAUCUUAUUAUUAUGCGAUAGCUGAUAUAGCAGUCGGUGCGAGAUGCGCUUGCAAUGGCCACGCCGGAGAAUGCGUGAAUAGUACCAGUGUUGAUGGCAAAACUCGCAGAGUCUGUCGAUGCGAGCACAACACCGCUGGUCCAGAUUGCAACGAGUGCCUGCCUUUUUACAAUAACGCUCCUUGGGGCCGUGCCACAACUACCGAUGCGCACGAAUGCAAACCUUGCAACUGUAACGGCUAUUCGGACAGAUGUUAUUUCGACAAGGAAUUGUAUAAGCUAACGGGUCAUGGAGGUCAUUGCUUAGAUUGUCGAGCAAAUCGCGAUGGUGCCAAUUGUGAGCGAUGUCGUGAAAACUAUUAUCAACGGCCCGAAGAUAAUUAUUGCGUUGCGUGCAACUGUAACGAAAUUGGUUCGAGAAGCUUGCAGUGUAAUAGCGAGGGUAAAUGCCAAUGUAAACCUGGUGUAACAGGGGAUAAAUGCAAUCGUUGUGCGGCCAACUUCUAUAAUUUCGGUUCGCAGGGCUGUACUUCAUGCGAGUGUAGCUUAGCAGGAUCGGCGAAUAAUGUUCCCAACUGCGAUACUAUCACAGGAGUUUGCGUCUGUAAGGAAAACGUCGAGGGAAAACGCUGCAGAGAGUGUCGUCCAGGAUUCUUCAAUCUGGCAGUAGAUAACGAGUUUGGCUGCACUCCCUGUUUCUGUUACGGCCAUUCCUCAGUCUGUCGACCGGCAACCGGUUACUCGAAGUUGUUCAUCGAGAGUAUGUUUGUGCGAGGAAACGAACGUUGGUCUGCAUCUGUAGCCGGUAAUCCGAUUCCAUUGCAUUACGAUGCACUGACGCAGACGAUUUCAGCUACUGCACUCGACCGUGAUAAUGUGUACUUUCUCGCGCCCGAUAAAUUUCUGGGAGACCAGCGAGCGUCAUAUAAUCAGCACAUAUCGUUCAUACUGAGGAUAGGGGAAGCUGGACCGGCUCCUACAGCGCGCGAUGUAAUUUUAGAAGGUGGUAACGGCGAACAGAUCACACAGCCGAUCUUUGGUCAGAACAACCGUUUACCGACUGUUACACCUCAAGAAUACAAGUUUAAAUUGCAUGAGCACGUCAACUACGGCUGGCAACCACGAUUAUCUUCUCGUGCCUUCAUGUCAAUUCUAUCAAACUUGACCGCCAUAAAAAUUCGUGGGACUUAUACUCAUCAAGGCCGAGGAUUUUUGGACGAUGUGAAAUUAGAGACGGCUCAUCGUGGCGCAGCCGGCGAGUCGGCCGAUUGGGUGGAACACUGCCAGUGUCCUCACGGCUACGUCGGUCAGUUUUGCGAGUCGUGCGCACCCGGAUUCCAUCACGAUCCUCCCAAUGGCGGUCCCUUUGCUCUUUGUGUUCCUUGCAACUGUAAUGGGCACGCUGAUAUUUGCGAGGCGGAGACUGGACAAUGUAUCUGUCAGCAUAAUACUGCAGGAAGCAAUUGCGAGUUAUGUAGUAGAGGAUACUAUGGUUAUCCAUUGAAAGGAACCCCGGACGAUUGCAAACCGUGUCCUUGUCCUGAUAACGGACCUUGCAUUCUUCUGGGCAACAAUCCAGAUCCCAUCUGCUCCGAAUGUCCUAUUGGCAGGACUGGACCUAGAUGUGAAACGUGUUCCGAUGGUUACUAUGGAAAUCCUGAAAAAGGUCUCGCUUGCCGUUCUUGCGAUUGCAACAACAAUAUCGAUUUAAAUGCAGUUAGAAAUUGUAAUCACGAAACAGGAGAAUGUCUCAAAUGUGUUAAUAAUACAGCGGGCUUUCAUUGUGAGGAAUGUCUAGCCGGAUAUUAUGGAGACGCGCUAUCAGAUCGUAAAGAAGACGGAUGUAAGUUAUGUCAGUGUUAUCCACCGGGCACUUUGGAACUUGAUGAUGGAAGAGUUGCACCUUGCGAUCAAUUAACAGGACAUUGUGCCUGCAAACCGCACGUCAUAGGUCGCAAUUGUGACAAGUGCGAGGAAGGCUAUUAUCAUAUUGCGAGUGGGGAGGGUUGCAUACCUUGUAAUUGCGAUCUUGAAGGUUCUUACAAUCGCACUUGUGACCCGAUAACAGGGCAAUGUCAGUGUCGACUUGGUGUAACGGGUCAACGUUGCGAUGCCUGUGAGCCCUAUCAAUAUGGAUUCAGUCGCGAGGGCUGCAAGCCUUGCGAUUGCGACAGUAUUGGAUCGCAAGAUUUGCAAUGUGACGCAAACGGACAAUGUCCUUGCUUGACGAACGUUGAAGGCAGACGAUGUGAUCGCUGCAAGGAGAACAAACAUAACCGCCAGCACGGCUGUGUUGACUGCCCCGACUGUUACAAUCUUGUACAGUCGGCGGUCAAUGAUCACCGACGACGUUUGGCUGAGCUCGAAGACACUCUUUAUAAGAUCAACAGCAGUCCCACUGUCAUCAAGGACUCGGAUUUCGAGAAAGAGCUCAAGAACGUUCAAGAUAGAAUAAAAACAUUAUUGACUACCGCCAAGCAAGGAUCUGGCAGUGAGAAUAAAACAUUGGUAGAACAACUAGAUGAGCUGCGUGAGCAAUUAAAUAAGAUCGACAAAAUCUAUCAAACCGUAGACGUCACAGCAAAUGAUGCACGCGAUAUAACUGAGGAAGGUUUAAUCAGUAUUGAUGAGGCAGAGAAAGUCUUGGAUAAAAUUUACGAGCAGUUAACGGAGGCAGAAGACUAUUUGGGUACAGACGGAGCGAGUGCUUUAAGUUCAGCGAAAUUGCGUGCUGAACAAGUCGGCCAACAAAAUCAACAAAUGACAUCAAUCGCACAAGAAGCGCGUCUACUUGCCGAAAUAAAUACGAACGAAGCCAAGAAGCUUCACAUGUUAGCAGAGCAGGCGCGAAAUACGACAAUGGAUGCUUACAAUCUCGCAAAGCAAACAAUAUCGAAAUAUUCCAAUAUAACGGAUGAAUUAAGGAAUCUGGAGAACAAACUAGCGCAAUUGGAUGAUCGUAUGGACGAAGUGAAGAAUCUCACUGCCAUAGCAGCUACUAAAUCCUCAACUGUUUCUCAAGAAGCGUUAGAUUUGCUGAUUCUCGAUUUAACGCUUCCUGCGGUCGAUAUCGAGCAAUUGCGACAGCAAAUAGAAAGCGUUAGCAGUGAGAGCUUGCAGAUAAAAGAGCAGGCACAACUUUUAUUGGAGCAAAACGAGAAUUUUAUCAAAGAAAUGACUGAAAAAAUUAAAAAGAGCGAAGAACUUUUAGAAAGAGCUCAAGAUCAACAAGCUGCAACUGCCGAACUGUUAGCUGAAUUAGAUGAAGCUAACGAGACGGCAAAUGACGCUGUUAAACGUGGCGAUCAGACACUGAAAGAAGCUCAGGAAACUUUAAAGAAAUUAGGAGAAUUUGAUGCUGAGGUGCAACGUGAACGUAUUAAGGCUCAGAGUGCUUUGAAGGACAUCCAGAAAAUUGAAGAAUUGAUCAACAAUGCUAACAUGCAAGCUGUAGAAACGGAGAGAGUACUAAAUGGAUCGGAGGGUAACGCUAAAAGUGCACGCGAAAUUGCGCAAAACGCUCAGACUUAUGCGGAUAGGGCGAGUACUAAUGCGAACGAAAUCUGAAAGUUGCACCUCCGAGUUGACACUACGGAUUCGAUGAUCAGACAGUAUGAAAUUCAGAUGGCCAAGGACGCUAAUAUUACCGCCGAGGCAAAUUAUAAAGUUGGCCAAGCGAAAACCAAUGUGACUCUGGCGUCGCAACAAGUUGAUAAAGCUUUAUCCGAAGUUGCCGCAAUUAUUAGAGAGCUCGAAAAUUUACCAGAAAUCGACGAUGCCGAUUUGAAUCGCUUAGAAGAACGUCUGGUUGCUGCUGAGAAAGAAAUAAAAGCCGCAAAUCUGGAUCAGCGGAUCCGUGCAUUGACGGAUGCGAAGAAUCUACAAACGCAAUGGGUUAAAAAUUAUGAAGAUGAAGUCAGCAGAUUGCGAAUCGAAGUGGAGAACAUCGAUGAUAUUCGAAAGGCUUUACCAACUGAUUGUUAUCAGCGUGUCCGUCUUGAGCCUUAAAAUUUAUCCCCUUACGUCUUAUUCAUUUUUGUGUCAUUUUUUAGAAGUAUAUAUUAUAAGCUAUAAACUAUAUAAAACA